CUAAAGCUAAAACUACAGCUAAGCUGACUGAUUCUCGAUUGUUUAAAAAUAGUUUCACUUUUGUUCUCUUGUCUAGAUAUGGCUACCUCCAAUCCCAUGUCUGACGAGCAGUUCCUGUGUUCUGUCUGUCUGGAUGUGUUCACUGAGCCGGUCACAACUUCAUGUGGACACAACUUCUGCAGGACCUGUAUCAGCGGAUACUGGAAAACCAUUGACCUGUGCCAGUGUCCAAUAUGUACGCAUAAGUUCCACACGAGACCAGACCUUCUAGUCAAUACAUUCAUUGUUGAGAUGGCUGCUCAGUUCAGGAAGUUAGUUCAAGUGAAAACUACCAGCAGCCCAGACCAAUGCCCUGCCAAACCUGGAGACGUGUCCUGUGAUGUCUACACUGAGAUGAAGCUCAAGGCCCUGAAGUCAUGCCUCUCACUGAGGAAGGCUGAAGGUCUCAUUAAAGAGCUGGAGCAGGAAACCACUGAGCUAAAGAGAAGAAGCACUGAGCUGGAGCAGCUCUCACACACUGAGGACGACCUAAACCUCCUCCAGAGCUUCCCAUCCCCGUGCAGCCCUCCACUCACCAAGGACAGUGAUCUGUGUGUGGGGAUUGUGAGGAGAGCCGUGUCUCAGCUAGAAGAGACAGUCAUGAGUGAGAUGAAGAGGUUGUUUGAUGAUGAGCUGAAGAGGAUUCAGCAGUAUGCAGUGGAUGUGACUCUGGACCCUGAUACAGCAAGCCCCUGGCUCAUUCUGUCUAAGAAUGGGAAAGAAGUGAGAACUGGAGAAAAAAAACAGAAGCUCCCUGAUAACCCAAAGAGGUUUGAUUCUGCCGUUAAUGUCUUGGGUAAGAAAGGCUUCUCCUCAGGGAGAUUCUACUAUGAGGUCACUGUUACAGGGAAGACUGAGUGGAAUUUAGGAGUGGCCAGAGAGUCUAUCAACAGAAAGGGGACUGUCGCAUUAAGCCCUGAUAAUGGACGCUGGGCAGUGAUCCUGAGGGAUGGGAGUAAGUACACAGCUUGUGCCGCGACCCGUGUCCACCUCUGCAUGAGAGAGAAGCCCCAGAAGGUGGGGGUGUUUGUGGAUUAUGAGGAGGGUCAGGUCUCAUUCUAUGAUGUGGAGGCCAGGUCUCAUAUCUACUCUUUCACUGGCUACAUCUUCACUGAGAAACUCUAUCCAUACUUCAGCCCUUUGCUCAAUGAUGGUGGUAAAAACUCUACUCCUCUAAUCAUCUCUCCUGUCAAUCACACAGACUGAGUUUGAACCUGAAAUUAACUGACCUGGAAAAUUAAUAACUCAAUUAGAGUUCACUCUUUCAUCAAACACUAGGAAGAAUAUUUCACUGUAGUAUAUUAACGGAUGUUUGUUAUUAUUAUUUGACUUCUAAACGAACACUCCUUUAUCUGAUCUUAACGGAGCAUUGGGCCGGCCACUCUUCAAUAUCACCUGGGCCAGCACAGGUGAAACACCUUCCCACUAAUGAGAUGACAAACCAGCACAGGUGUAACACAUACUGAGUAACGAGGGGACGCCAAUCAGUGCGCCCCACGUGCUAACGUUCAAACUCUAAAUAUAAAUGGAAAAACCAAAGCCUAUAAAUGACAUUGUCAGUCUGUUAGACAUGAUGAGUGCAGAAGCAAUGUAACAUAGUCUACCUGUAUUACCAAUAUCUCCGAGGCUCACAACAAGGUAUGACUUCAUGUCUGGAAGAGAGAAUUCAGAGGUUGUUCUGAUUAUUGUCCCGCAUGAUGAAAUCGGGGAGUAGACGUUGGCUCUGUCUCUGUCCGAUAGCAAGUUUGUAUGUUUGUCACACGCAAUAUCUCAGACUGGAUGGCCUGUUUUUGAUGAAACUUGGUUGUAUGAUGUGUCUUGCUGUAGAGAUCUGGCAUUUUCUAAAUGACACAGACUGGCCAGGUGGAGGCACUAUAACAAGCAAUUGAAAAUGCACAUUUUGAAAGGUCACGCCCCUCAACCAGUUUGUCCAAAAAUCAUGAAAUUCAGUACAUUGGUCCUCCUUCACAAGGAACAAAUUUGCAGCAGGGAUCCAUAAGGUCCACCAUGAUGGAUAUUAUGCCAUUUAGAAUUUUGUGAAAAACACUUAAAACGCUACUCCUCUGGCACUGAAUGACCGAUCUGCAAGAAACUUGAUAUGCGCCACAUAUGUACACACAUCUCUCAACGCAACAUAUUCCAGACUAGUAUCUAAAAACAACAUGGCCGUAAUGGCCAAUAAACUUUCAUGUGGUCCGAAACAUAAAUCAGUCACAGAUAGUUGUAUUGUAACAAAUUUGGUGCACAUGUUGAAAACACUGUCAACAAGAACCAACAUAUGCAAGAACAUUCAUAUCGACCACAAGGUGACACUAUAACUGGCACAUGUUUUGUUAAUAUCAGCAUAGUCUAGUUUGAAUUUGCCGGGGGAAGGGGAGGUAUCAUUUAGGAGGACGAAAUGUUUAAUGUUGCAUUGUUUUAAUUCUGAUAAUAUCAGCACUAUAUGUUUGUUUUACUUAGAUAUAUACAAUGCAUAUACUCUGUUGAUCCGCAAUAGCUUUAAUGGACACUGAGUAACAUUCAGGAUGUCUGGAUAAUUAAGUUCAGUUGAAUAGUGAUAUAAUUGGUAUUCAGUAUAGCACAGCACCAGAGCUUUAGAAUAGUGGUGGGUAUUUAUGACAUCAGCCUUAUUCUAUGAAAUAUGAUUGAAUUGGAUGUCAUUUUUUUUAUAUGGGGGUGUUUGUAAACGUCUGUAAACGUCUGUUUCUAUGGUUUUGAAGACUCAUUGUCACGGCAUUUCAACAUCACCUUGUCGAAAUAAAACUAAAGUAUACAGUG